AUGGAAAGGCUCCAGAGUUUUUACACGUUUAGACAGAAUGAGCUAAAAGAAGAGGUAAAAAAGCAGAUAGACAGGUAUGUGAACAACCUGCUUAACGGAAAGAUCUCAAAGCCGUCCAAGUCCUUCAUUAAAAAAACAGUCAUUGACAAAAUAGUGGAAAAGUGUUUCGCAUGGAACAGCGAAAUAGACCCGCAGCCUGACGUAGAUGCAGCCAUACACGAAAUCGUGCAGUACAACAUGCGCGCAACAGACGUACUUUCAGCCACCUUCUGCAACAUGCAGAUGCUCACAAAAGAAAGAUGCAUUGAGAGCGUUGUGGAAGAAAUAAAAAUGUCUCUGGAAAAAGAGAUGAAAGAGUUCUUGCAAAUCCUUGUGAUUCUGGCAAACAACUACGUACUGCGAAUAAAAAGAAGAGCAAAGAACAGAAACAAAACAAGACAGGAGAUCGCACAAGAGAUAGAGCUGAUCUGCAAAGUGGAAAGCAUAAAGCUGAAAAUAAAGGAAAUUAGCAGAGAAAAAGAGGCGUCUGACGAUCUAAAAGUGCUUCUGGAAAAGUACAAGAAAGAGCAGAAAAUUAAAAGAAUUGAGGUGUCUGAUAGUCUGAACACCUACAGCCUGAUUGAGUUCAUGAUCAAAAACUACACCAUUGUAAUUGGAGAAAUAGAGCUGUAUAAAAGCGCAACCGAUCUCCUGAAAGGCUAUAGGAUAGACGGAACAGGAAUGCAGUGCCUGGAGUACAUCCAAGACAACUAUGCAGAGGUACUAGAGCUGCUAGACAGCAAGCCCAGCAAGAGCAAUGCGAUAUUUGUGGUCACAAAGAAAACCGUUGAAAAAACAGAAGAACUCAGAAAACAAAGCAAAGACAUAAAAAAGUUUAUUCUGUUCAAAAGAUGUAUUAUCAUUGGGCUUAUUGUCUCGCUUGUUCUUGCAGGAGUGGGGGCUAUCCUACACGUGAAAAAAAUAAAGUUUUUUUAG